CAUCAGGGACGUCAUCCUUGGAAUCGGUCAAUAAAAAGAUUUGUAACUGGCGAUUGCUAUAGAUUGUAAAAUGGUGGAAAGUUCAACUUCGAAUAAUUGUAAACCAAGAAAAAGAAGUGAGAAGAGAAAAUAUAGAAAAAGGGAAGUGCACCAUUAACACUGGAAUUUCAGUUCAUCAUAUCUUGUUCAAAAUUCAAGAUGGCUGGUAACAGUACAUCAUCCUACAAUCUCCAAAGUGAUAUUCGAGAUGACGAUCCAGAGAUAUACGAUCUGAUCAGAGCAGAGAAAUCAAGACAAAUGAGAGGUUUGGAGUUGAUUGCAUCAGAGAAUUUUGCUAGCAAGGCUUGCCUUCAAGCUCUUGGUUCCUGUUUGAAUAAUAAAUAUUCUGAGGGACAGCCAGGUCAAAGAUAUUAUGGUGGAAAUGAAGUUAUUGAUAAAGUUGAAUUAUUAUGUCAGAAAAGAGCAUUAGAAGCAUUUAAAUUAGAUCCUGAACAGUGGGGUGUUAAUGUCCAGCCUCAUUCUGGAUCUCCAGCAAACUUUGCUGUGUAUACUGCUGUUGUAGAACCACAUGGUAGAAUAAUGGGUUUACAUUUACCUGAUGGUGGACAUCUUAGUCAUGGAUUUAUGACUGGCACAAAGAAAGUAUCGGCAACCUCAGUUUAUUUUGAAUCUUUUCCCUACAAGGUCAGCCCUAAAACUGGGCUGAUUGAUUACGAUGAACUGGAGAAGAAUUCUCUUCUUUUCCUACCUAAAUUAAUUAUUGCUGGUACAAGUUGUUACUCCAGAAAUCUAGAUUAUAAAAGAUUCCGUCAAAUUGCUGAUGGUGUAGGAGGUUAUUUACUAGCUGAUAUGGCUCAUGUUAGUGGGUUAGUAGCUGCCGGUCUUGUCCCCAGUCCUUUUGAAUAUUGCGACAUAGUCACUACGACCACACAUAAAACAUUAAGAGGACCUAGAUCUGGCAUGAUCUUUUUCAGAAAAGGUGUAAGGAGAACUUUGAAAGAUGGAACAGAAGAAAAAUAUAAUUUAGAAAGGAAAAUAAAUGAAGCUGUUUUCCCUGGUUUACAAGGCGGUCCUCAUAAUCAUCAAAUAGCUUCUGUAGCAGUGGCCUUAAAACAAGCUAAUACAUCGGAAUUUGUUCAAUAUCAGAAACAGACCAUGGCUAAUGCUAAAGCUAUGUCAAAAGCUUUAACAGAUAGAGGAUACACUGUUGUGACUGGUGGCACUGAUACCCAUUUAGUUCUAGUCGACCUCCGGCCACAGAAAUUAGAUGGUGCUAGAGCUGAGAAAGUGCUUGAAGAAGUUGGAAUCGCUGUAAACAAAAACACUUGCCCAGGAGAUAAAAGUGCGUUGAAACCAAGUGGUUUGAGAUUAGGUACUCCAGCUUUAACUUCCAGAAACAUGACAGAAUCAGAUUUAGUAAAAGUUGUGGAUUUCUUCCAUCAAGCUAUUGUAUUAGCGGGAGAAGUAAAUGCAAGUUGCGGACCAUUACUAAAAGAUUUUAAAGCUAAAUUACAAGACCCAUCUGUACAGAGCCGAAUAGAACAAUUACAGAAAUCAGUGGAAUCUUUUGCUCUCAAUUUUCCAAUGCCUGGUUAUGAUGAGUGGUAGACACUUUAUGGGAGGUUACAUUUGAUAUUUAAAUGUAUGAAGUAUCUUAUCUGCAGCAUAUUUCUUGCAAUAAACACACUUAUUAAAACAAUGACUGCUAUCUGUGGAUUAUGUCUCAUUAAAAUGUUUUCUCAACUACAUAAAUACAUUGUUUCAAUCAAGUUCAUUUUGAUUGUUAAAUUGUGAAUAGUUUGUUUAUCGCUCUUGUUACCAAACUUAUGUCCAUGCUAUGCCCAAGUUCAUGGCAGACUUACUCUUGCCAUAGGAACCAUGUACACAAGAAAUCCUAUAAAAAAAAAAAAAGAAAAGAUUUUUAAAAUAGAUUUUAUAUUUGCUAUUAAAACAUGCUGCUCUUAGUGGCAAAAAGAGUUAACUCUUCAAAUUUGAUUACCAUGAUGAUUGGAAAAUAUGUUUUAAUAAUGUUUAAAAAAAUUUGUUUACAAUAACCUCUAGCAAAUUUGUUCCUGUUAAUGUGUUUUGAUUUCUGAGUUGGUUAUAGUUUGUUAUAAAUGUACAUAAAUUAUUGUUAUUGUUUGAAAGCCAUGUAAAUAGUUGGUUUUAUCCCUAUCUGGACCACCGCCAUCUUUUAUAUGCUGACAAGCACAUUCUUUCAUAGAAAUUAUGAUUUUCUUUUGGUUAUUGUUUAUAUGAAAAUUCACACGUUUAACAGAUGUCAGUUUAUACAUGAAAGUAAAAUUAAAGGAAUGCUUACUGUGUUAA